GAUUUUAUCAAAUGACAAGAAAUAAAUCGAGUAAUAAUUCGAUUCUACAAUUAAAAACUUAAAAAUUGCCAUUGAAUAAAAGUAAAGGGAAAUCGCAGAAAUCUAAUAAAAACUAAUUCCUUCAUUUGAUUAAGAUAUGAUGAGAAUUAAAAUAAUAAAUGAAUUAGAAAUUCCUCAUAGAACUUAAUUGGAGGCCAAACAGGAAGAAAUAGAAAGAUAAUAGGAAUAAAUUUAUGAAUAAAAAAGAUAAUUAGAUAUUCUUUAUUCCCGUUUAGAAAUGGAUAAAGGAGAGUUCGAACGAGAAAUAAAGUCAAUAAAAGAUCGUCAUUAAAACGAAGUAUAAGAAUUGAUUAAUGAAUUGGAAAAUUUAAAUGAUAAAAUAAAUGAUUAGAAAGAUAAAGACAUUAUUAGAAAAUAAAAACGAGAAUCGGAUGAAUAUAGGUAAAAAUUAAAUCAAAAAGAAUAAGAAUGUGAAGAAUUAAGAAGGGAAAGAGAUAAAUGUAGGGAAGAUAAGAAUGAAAAUUUGAUAAAGUUUUCGAAAUAAAUUGAAUAGGAAAGAAACGAGAAAAGAAUUUAUAAAAGCGAAAGUGAAAAACUCGGUAUAAGAUUAAGGUUUUUAGAAGAAGAAUAAAAAAAAAAUAGAAUAAAAAUCGAUUCGUUUUAAAGUGAAAAUGAAAUUAAAAAAAGCGAAAAAGAUAACUUUUUGGAAGAAAAUAGAAAAAAAGAUGAUCUUAUUCAUAAUUUAUAAAGGAGAAUAUAAGAAUUAGAAGAUGAUAUAGUAUAAAUUUAGGCUAAAAAUAUGGACAAAGAAUAAAAAAUUUAUAAUGAAGAACAUGAUAGGUUUGUUGAAGAAAGAAAUAAAAAUAAUUCAUUAUUAAGAGAAAAUGAAGUACUUAAAAAUAAUGUUAAUGAUCUAUAGGAAGAAAAUAAAUCUUUUAGGAAUAAACUAUAGAAAGAAUUAUCUAAUUUAAGAUAGGAUAUUAUGAUUGUGGCAGAUGAAA